GCUGCUUGUAUCGCGUUCGUAGCAACGCAAAAGACUCAACAAGAGAUACAUUGCAAUUUUACCAUAUUGGAGCGUCAUCUUAAGAUGCUGCCACCAAAAGGGAAGAACAAAGCAGCUAGCAUAUGGUCCGUUGACUCGGGCUAUGCAUCAAAUACUUUAGACGAAGAAGAUGCUAGCUAUAUGAACUUUGUCACGAGCCCCGCAAUCAGCAAACCAUUAUCAUCCUCAUCUCAGAAAAGCUUCAACUUGGAAUUUGGUGAUUUCUUCAAGGUCCAUGUUGAAGAUCAGCUCCGCCUGCCAAAACCGGACUCUCCAUCGGCUCCAGUGACUACCAAGCUGAAUGUGUAUACGACAAAUGUGAGAGCAAGCCACGAUCUCCAAUCACAUGCGGCUGGCGUCAAUGAUGAGUGCGUUUUAUGCGCACUUUGGGACAUUACCAAUCCCGGAGAAAAUCUAAAAUGCGAUAAAUGUAGUCAAAACCCGACAGCCAAGUUCGGUGCUACUGGAUCAUCAGGACUUCUGCAAAGUUCAGAAGCCAAACAAGAAUCGAUGCACAUUGUAACCCAAGUGGAGAAAUUUAGCGCAUUGCAACUACAUAAUCUACCCAACAAAGCCGAGGAAGGGCAACAUUCAACAUGUAGUAUCUCGGAUUCUACUGUUUACGACCAGACCACCACACCUUCUUCCUACAGUCCCGAUAUAGGCACUUCUUUCCCUGGAUCUCUAAAUGUUGCUCGUCAAACAAAACGUUCGUCCAUUCAACGGCCUCCUACAAAGCUUGAGUCACAUGCUCUGCGGCGCCUGAAAUUUUGGUUAAGAGACAACAGCAGCAAUCCUUAUCCUGAUGCUGACACCAAACAUGCAUUGGCUCAAGAGUGUGGAAUCACAGAGAAGCAGGUGAACACAUGGUUCACGAAUGCUAGAGCACGACAAAGAUUUCUACGUCAUGCAGAGAGUUCACACCCACACUCCAGAGAAGAAAGAGAUCCAACGAACCGCUUCUCGAAGGUCAAAGUGCCGCAAACACCUGAAGGCUACCGAAUUCUGGAGGAAAUUCAUCGUUCCGAUCACAAAUACGACCCCGAAAGACCAAAAGCAUCUAGGCGAGGCAAAAAGAAAGAUUACAGUCAUUUAAGUACACUCUCUCCAGUUGCCAAAGUAAUCCCAACCAUGUCUUGUGCCCAAGCACAAGCAACGACCAAAGUCAAGGGCAGUACACCAAACAUGUGGCAAUGCACAUUUUGUUAUCAGAUUGUAGCGCCAAAAUCCUGGCGUCGUCAUGAGGAGACUCAGCACCGACCGAAACGGAAGUGGACUUGUUUACACACUGGCCCGAGCUUUGACACUUCUUAUUAUCCCACUUCGUCCACAUUGUGCGUUUUCUGCAUGCUAAAGAACCCUAGCAAAGAGCAUCUUCUCCACUCUCACCGUAUCAGUGAAUGUAUUGCCAAGGCCGAAGAAGACAGAACAUUCUUGCGACCAGAUCAUCUCCGGCAGCAUGUGAAGAACUUUCACCAGUCAUCUCUGGUUGAUGCUGUUAGAGACUUGUGGAGAACAGAUGGAGUACGCAAAGAUGGCCCAGAAAUUUGGACAUGCGGUUUUUGCGCUCUUGAGAUGACAGCAUGGGAUGCGAGACAAACUCACAUUGCGGCACACUUCAAAGACGGUUUGACAAUGGCAGACUGGAAAUCACAUCCUCAGCCUGAAAAGACAACUCACACAAGCAAGAAGCGACCAAUGUCAAGUGAAGGACGGCCAAAGAUGUUUUCCAAACUUGCCAGGAACUUUGCGGGUCUAAGCGCGCGACAAGAGCGGCAAGACAUGUCCCAAAGCGAAUUCGUAUCAACUUUCGAGUCCACAACUGAGUACGUACAGCCAGGAGUACCAGUGGCACCUCUGUUGCCAGAUUUAACCUUUGACAACUUUCCAACAGCUGUGUACAGCAGCGAGUUCAAUUUUGGCAGCGCGAGUAUGACGGAUUCGUCUGAAGAAGAGACCGCAUCAAAGGAUUCAGACACGCUGUGCCCUGUUGGUGACCACGAUUUGUGGCUUAACUACGAGGACUCGGGUAGUCUAUCGUGCAAAGAUGAGUAUGAUAAUUUUCUUGAUUUUUGGUAGCGAUAUAUCUGGAGCCUAGCAACAUAUUCGAGUUCAUUCGAUAUGCAUGUUUCCGUGUCCGUUCUUUCAGACGCAUAACCUUGACAUUUCUGCAAGAAGCUGAGACAUCAGGUUUCUGUCAGAAGACGUGAUAUCAUUUAGGUUGCUAAUUGGUGGGGUCAAGCUGCAAGGUGCCGGGACUGUACCUACGUCUUGGCUGCUAGCCUGACAGGUGAUGGCGCAGGUAAAAUUGCAGCACUUACCGAAUACUGGGGCUGUACUUAGAGCGCGUU